AGUUAUUUAUAUUUAUUGAACACAUAACUAGGUCAGAAAUCGGAAUGGAUGAUGCUCGAAGUCGCAAGGUGUGAUGGUAUUAACUGUUAACCCAUUCAAUUAAUUUUUGAUCUUUAUUAUUAUGAACCCUGAUUCUGAGUAGAGGAGAUUUUGCUUUCACUCAACCUUGUCAGCUCAAAUACGGGUUGCAGAGAUUCAAGAUUCGAAGGAAGGAAUAAGCGCCUGGAAUUAGGUUAACAGGGACAAGUUUAGCAAUUCUCUUCAUUGCUGCUGGUGCUUGAUUCUUGAGAGGCUUCUCUCUUACAAAAGAGAGUCUAAAGAUGACGAGAAUUGAAGAGAGAGAAAAUCAGCGGCUCUUACUUGGAGAAAAAUUAAAAGACAGAAGAACAAGUUAAGUGUUUGGUUUCUUUUGGCGGAAGGACGUCUGGGACUGUACAGACAUUUUUUGGCCAUGGACCUUUUGCGCAAUGCAUAUGCAACUGUUUCUGAUGAUGAAGAUGAAAAAAAGAGUUCGGGUCAACCUCCAAUAAAGCGAAUGAGAUGUGAAAAUCAUUCAACUUUCCAAGUCGGUAAACCAUCAAUGCAACCUUGUCCCAAAUUAUACUCCUUAGAUUUGCAAAAAGAAGCUCCAGUUGCUGGAAGAUAUAUCUCAAAGAGAGAGCGUUCAAUGAUGGGAUCUUCAGCUGCUUCUGAAUUGAAACCACCACCUACCACGGUUAUCACAUCACCUGUGAUAGGAAGUAUUUCAGAUUCUGAUCUGCAGUCUGAUAUGUUGUCAUCUCCGAGGAGUCGAGUAAAUGAAUCAAAACAUCACAACAAAACUCCCGAAAGGUUGUCUGUUUCUCUAAAUGGACACAAGAAGGCUGUCAAUGCUAUUCAUUGGUCGCCAACUCAUGCCCAUCUUCUUGCUUCUGCCGGAAUGGAUAAUUCUGUAUGCAUAUGGAAUGUAUGGAGUAGAGGUGAAAAGAAAGCAUGUGCUAUUAACUAUCACUCAGCAGCAGUUAAGGAUGUGAGGUGGUCAAAGCAGGGACUAUCCUUACUUGCUUGUGGAUAUGAUUGUUCAUCAAGAUUAAUUGAUGUCGAGAAAGGAAUAGAAAAACAGUUCUUCAAUGAGGAUCAAGUUGUUGGUGUUAUUAAAUUCCAUCCUGAUAACUCUAACCUCUUUCUUUCUGGAGGAUCAAAGGGCAUCAUUAGACUGUGGGAUAUAAGAACUUGCAAGCCAGUGCAGGAAUACAUACGAGGCCUCGGGCCUAUCCAAGAUGUUGAUUUCAGUAUUGAUUCCAAACGUUUCAUCUCAUCCAGUGAUGUGUCCAAGGGCAUGGUCACUGAGAAUGCAAUUGUUGUUUGGGAUCUCUCUAGGCAAAUACCUCUCUCUAAUCAGGUUUAUGUGGAAGCGUACACAUGCCCUUGUAUUAGGUAUCAUCCUUUUGAACCUUUUUUCGUGGCCCAAUCAAAUGGAAACUACAUUGGGAUAUUCUCCUCCAAACCACCUUUCAGGUUUGAUAAGUUCAAGAUGUAUGCGAAGCAUGGAGUAUCUGGAUUCCCUAUCAAGUGUAAUUUUAGCUCUGAUGGAGAGAGACUUGCUUCAGGUUCAUCUAAUGGGUGUAUUUACUUGUAUAACUAUAGGUCAACAGAGAUCGUGAAGAAACUAAAAGCAUAUGAGCAUGCAUGCAUUGAUGUUGCUUUCCAUCCUUUUAUUCCGAAUGUGAUUGCUUCUUGUAGUUGGAACGGAGAUGUUUCAGUGUUUGAGUGAGAAUGAAAUCUGUACAACUGCUUCAUCAUUUCACUAAACUAUAUUUCCUUCUAGGGGUUUCUUUUA